AUGUUUUCUUUCUGCUAUCUCCGGCAGGGUACCUUGAUGCAAAGCGAGAAGUCCUCCCUGUUCAGCAUCCGCUACCAGUGCCUCAAGCUGGUCAAGAAUGAGGCAGAUGAUUUUCUACCACUCGCCAGUACCUUCAACCGUGAGUGCGAAAAGUUCAAGCUCCGAGAGAGGACAGACGACCAAUUCAAAUGUCUCAUUUUUAUGAGCGCCCUCCAGGCACCUCGUGAUGCUGAAAUCCGGACGCGUCUGCUCUCCAAGAUUGAACAGGACCUAGACUCAACUCUGCAGACAUUGACGGCCGAGUGUCAGCAGCUGAAGAAUCUUAAGCAUGAUUCUGCGAUCGUGGAGCAACCCAGUUCCUCGUUUGCCGCCGCCAAUGUUCAUGCUGUCAUCCGGACGAAGUCAAUCUCGCCUCAGAAGUCCCAAGAUCCAACACCCAGAAAACCACCAUCAGCGUGCUGGCAGUGUGGUGACUGGCAUUUUGCUCGCUUCUGUCCAUUCAAGAAGCCUGUUUGUCACAAAUGCCAUAAACGAGGGCAUAAGGAAGAUCACUGUCCGGCGGGCCAACCCCUCAAAUCAAAGGCAGGCAACAGGAAGGCGGGAAGUUCCAAACGCCCUUCAUCUUACUGUGGCCUUAAGUCCAACUCAAUCCAAGCCACAUUCCAGACUGAAAUAUCUUACGGUUACCAUCAAUGGCAAUCUUGUACACCUCUAGCUGGACACGGCAUCAGACAUCAGCCUCAUCUCCAAACACACUUGGCAGAUGAUUGGACGGCCUCCGAUGAUCACAUCGGGUAA